UCGGGUCUUGCAAAAUAGAGAUGUUGAUUGUAACGGUUGUUAACUAAAACGGUGCUAGGGCUUACUUAAGUAGAGAGCACUACUUUGUUAGCGACGAAUAAGAAGAAAAUGUCGGAUUUCUUACCUCAUGAUUUGUUGCCCGACGUCCUCAGCAGACUACCGAGCAAAACCCUCCUCCGGUGUGCUUGUGUCUGCAAAUCGUGGUACAAUUUGGUAAUAAACCCUAGUUUCAUCACCACACACCUCAAUCGAUCAUCUCUUGCCACCAACCUUCUGCUAAUUCAAAGCCGCUCUGGUGAUGAUGCCGAAGAAGUGCAUUACUCACUACUAAGUUGCGAAAACGAAACGUUCUGUGACUAUGCAGAGCUUGAUCUUCCACUGAAGACUCACACCGACCCUGAUUUGAGGAUAAUCGGUAGCUGCAAUGGGCUCGUGUGCCUUUUUAAUGAUUUCAGGUACAGAGUGGAGCUUUAUCUAUGGAAUCCAUCGAUUCGGAAGACGAUGGCUCUUCCGCCAUUACGGGUCACCUCACACAUUCCUUUUAUGCAUUCUAUCGAAUUUGGCUUCGAUUCUGUGACUCGUGACUACAAGGUUGUCAGCAUUGUGUAUAUCAAAGACGAUUCACGAGACGGUUAUCGAAUUCCUCCGGAGGUUGACAUUUUCAGUCUUAGCUCAGGCACAUGGCGGAACAUCAGCCAUUUGGCUCUUCCGUAUACAAUCUACGAUCGGCCUCCGCAUGCUUAUCUGAACGGGGCUGCACAUUGGCUUGCUUGCGAUAUGGCGAACAAAUUCUUACACUUGAUCAUGUCAUUCCACAUGGGCGAUGAGAUUUUUGGCGAGAUCAUGGUGCCCAGUAGCAUUUUUCAUGGGUACGGGAUGGUAAAUGUUCGUGUUGCUAAGUUUCAAGAAUCACUCUCUCUGAUUGAUGUUUGUAAUUGGGGCAAUACAUGUUGUUGCAUAUGGGUGAUGAACGAGUAUGGGAUAUCAGAGUCUUGGACUAAAAAAUUCAAUAUUGAUAUGAGUGAAGGAUUAUUCAAUAGUGUAAUUGGCUUUACAAGGAAAGGUGAAGUUAUAUUUGGGACACAGGCUGGGUAUCUUGUAGCUUAUGAUCCCGAAGCUGAACGAGUAAUGGAUCUUCAUAUUCGCGGACCUACAAAAUCAUGGCUUGGGGACUUAUGUUAUGCAGAUGCUUAUACUGAGAGCCUAGUUUUUUUAAGAGGAAAAUUUCAUGAUACAGUCACUUGUAAGGAGUCCCUGUUUUGCAUGGAGAAGCUGAGUAGGAGAAAGAAAAGAAAAGCAGACCAAACAAAAAAGAAAGGACUGUGAUCAGGGUGGAAAGUCAAAACGAGGAAGCCCGAGACACUGUAGAACUGUUGAAAGAAUAGAAGUGGCAUAAUGAACUCUUUACCUGUUUUUUGUUACUUUUAUUUGGCCUACGGUACAAAAGUUUACCUGAUGCUUUUGAACUCUUAAAGCAUUUGGGCUUGAUGUGAACUUUCAUAGGAAAAAGUUGACUCACUCAUGAUGCUUUUGAACUCUUGGAGCAUUUGGACUUGAUAUGGAUUUAGAUGUUAUGCUGAAAGUAUCUGUUAUCCACUAUUGCUUAUUUUUUUAUGCCACUGUAUCUUCUAAAUUUUGUAUUGGGGUACAAGCCACAUUAUAUUAUAUGGAUUAAGUUGUCAAGAGGAGCUUCUAUAGGUUGCGUUGGUGGAUAUCGUGCCAAGCAUUUAGAGGCCACUAGUAGGUAAUAUUUUGUAGGAAAUCAUAGCUAGUUUUCCUUUUGGCUCUGAUAAUACUACCGACAUUAAGGUUGCCUUGUUUUGUUUGCUAGUCAAUCUCGAGUUCAAACUUGAGCUCAAUAAAUGAACUAUGUUCACUAGUCUUAAAUUUUUUCCUAGUUGGGUACUCACACACACAUGCUUCCAUUGAGACUCGAACCCCUGACCUCUCUUUGAGAGGUAGGGGCUUGGUACCGCUAGGCUACUGACCUGUUGGUCACUAGUCUUAAAUUAUGCUGGCGUGAUUGCUAACUUACACAGAUAGACUCUUAUGUAGUUGAGCCUGUGCUGUUCAUGAGUUGGUCACUUAUUGGCCAUGUGCCACUGCGUAGUUGGAUUUGUACCUCUAAUUGGUGAAAAGACUAUCAUCAUCCACAUUGAGUUAAUUAAUGAACUUGAAUGAUAUUCCAAGAGCUGUGCUAUUCACUCCUCAUUAUUCUGUUCUUCCCGACGAUGUGAUGAGACUACAACACAAUGUAUGACCUUCAGGCCACUUAUUACCAUGUUUAAGUUUCAGCCAUUUCUUUUUGCCUUCUCUAUUUGUAGCUCUAGUUUUUACUUUACUCUUAUAUCCUAUUGGAAGGGAAAACAUUAGAGGGAAUCUAGCUCAUAUAAGAAGUGCAAAGCAUGUCUGGGAUUUCUAGUCAACUAGAAAAUAAUCUGGCUGCUAUAAAUAGCCCAUGAAUUUGUUCUGUUCUCUUUGGAGUACUAAGUUUGGUUCUAUUCUAUUUGGAGAAAUAGGGUUGGAUGAUUAUUUGAAAUUCAGGGAAAAAUAUUUAUUCUUGGGGCCGGCAGCCAGACUUGGUUGGUUUUUGCCAACUUAUUAAGGAAAUAACAUUUAAUGAUCUGCCAGGGCAGGUUCAUUUUAUUGUGAUGAUUUGUUUAAUAUCCUUUAUCGGCUUCAUAAAAGUUUAUUGAUUAGUAUAUAAUUCAACAAUCUCGUUUUCAUAAAUAAAAAUAAACUAGUUUUCAUGUCUGUGUGAAUUCCACUUUUAGAACUGCUCCUACUAUUGUGCUCUUAGUCUUCUAAUUUGAGCUAAAAAGAAAAUGAUGGAUUUGAUUUUUUAUUAUUUUUCAUGGCAAGAAACUCACACCCACAUGCCCCCAUGGGAAAUUGAACCCUCAACCUUCUUCUUUGGAGAGCGAGGAAGUACCACUGGGCUACAGCCCGUUGGUGGUAAGUGAUGCAUUUGAUGAAAACAGUAAUUAAUCAGCUAAUAGCUUCAUUGAUAGAUGCAAUAAAGUGUCUUCUUUUCAUGCUUCAUUUUUUCUUCUUCCUUUUUCCUUUCGGUUUGUCAGACAUAUUCCUGUUAUUUGAAUUGAAUAACAUCUUUGAUAUGAUGUGUUUCUUUAUAGUAUUCUCAGGUGCUAGACCUGUUUGCUUAGGAAUGCUAAUCUAGUUGAUAGCGGAACCCAUAUCAAGUUUGAUGGUAUUAAUAUAUGUACCUUGCCUAUCUUCCGAGUCAUAAUUUCUUGUUCCAAGGACAUUGUUAACAGGCUGCACCUCCCAAGUUGCUAGCUUGUGAAGGAAUUCGUUCAGUGUAGAACAACAAAUGCAUCAAUCUUAUAUAUUGUUGAUUCAUGAAAUCCUAUACUUUGUUUUCUCUCCUUUCUUGCAGUCUAUUCAACUACAUGUGGCAAUUAUUUUAUUUUUACAUGGAUGAAGCAAGGCUUACAAUGUUAAAAUUCAUGGGAACUAUUGAGACUAAUGAAUUAUGUUAUCAAGUUCGAUAACAUUCAUCGAGAGAAGAAUUCAGAGACAUUUUCCCCCCUCUUUUCUUCCUUUUUUGUGCGUGUGAGUGGUUUUACUAAUCACCUCAACUCUGCUUAAAACAUAUUUCUGUGAACUAAUUAGCUAGGUAAGGUUCUAUUUGGGUGCUCUAUUGUUAUGGAGCAAAAUGGUGAUAUCAACCAAGCAGAAAACAAAAUCGUGAAUCAAAUUUCCUUCUUUUGGUGAAACUUUUUGUGAUGCUAUGGAAAAGUUAUGUAUUUUAUUGUGUAGUUGGCUUUACAAGGGAAGGCGAAGUUCUAUUUGGGACAGAGGCUGGGUAUGUGGUAGCUUAUGAUCCAGAAGCCAGAUGUGUAACGCAUCUUCAUAUCCUUGGAUCUAGACAUCCAUUGUUUAAGGAUUCGUUUUAUGCGGAUGCUUAUACUGAGAUCCUAGUUUUAUUUAGUGCAAAAUUUCGUGAUACAUUCGCUUGUGAGGAAUCACCUGUUUUGCACAGAGAAGCUAUUGGAGCUAAGAAAUCCAGGAAAAUAAGAGCAAAACCAAAGAAGAAAGGAAAGAAGAGGCAAGAUGUUUACUUACUUUUAAAUCUUAUAUUUGCUAUUGCUAAGUUCUGUUGUGGCUGCAUGUGAAUGCAAAAGCCCAACCUAGCAUUUAAUUAACCUACAUGUCAUCAUUUCCAUAGUAGGUAGCAUAAGCUUGAAUUUUUUUGUUCAGUUAGUGUUGCAUAUUCAUAUCUUGAGGAGUUAAAUUAUUGUUAAUCGUGAAAUAUUUUCAUGCCUGGUGUGCAAGGAAUGUUCUUUCUGCACUGUGAUCAGGGUGGAAAUUUAAAUGAGGACAGAAGGUGUAGAACUGUUGAAAGAGUAGAAGUGGCAUAGUGAACUCUUUCCCUAUAUUCUUUUGUUACUUUUAGAUACAUAAAUUGUUUACUGAUGUGGUUUAAAACUUUUUGUGGGCAAUAUUUAACUCAGUCAUGAAGCUUGUAAAGUCUUGGAACAUAUGCGCUUGAUGUGAACUUUCAAUGGGAAAAAGUUAACUCACUCAUUGCUUUUGAACUCUUGGAGCAUUUGGGCUUGAUAUGGCUUUAGAUGUUAUGCUGAAAUUAUUUGUCGUCCAUUAUUGCUUAUUUCUUUUCUGCCAUUGUAUCUUCUAAUUUUCUUUGGGAUACGAGCCACAUUAUAUUAUAUAAAUUAAGUUGUUAUGAGAAGCUUCUUUAGGCCGAGUUACUGGAUGUUGUGCCAAACAUUUAAAAGUCACUAGUUGGUAAUAUUUUGUAGAAAAUCAUAGCUAGUUUUCCUUUUGGCUGGUAUAAUGCUAGCCGAGUUUAAGGUUGGCUCGUUUCACUUGCUAGCCAAUCUCGAGUUCAAACUUGAGCUCAAUAAAUGAGCCAUGGUCGCUAGUCUUAAUGAGUCUGCUUAUGAUUAUCCGUUUAUCAACAUUCUUGUGAGUUUAAUGAGUCAAGCAAGGUUUAUUCAUAGUUGGUUCUCUUACUUAAUGAGGUCGAAAAUGUUGAGUAAAUUAUGCUGGUGCACUGUGCUAACGGCUAACUAAAACAAAUAGAGCUCUUACAUAGUUGAGGCUGAGUUGUUCAUGAAUCGGUCAAUUGUUUGCUACUUAUGGGCCAUGUGCCACAGUAGGAUUUGCACCUCUAAUCGGUGAAAAGACUUAACUUGAAUUGUAUUCCAAUAGCAAUGCUGUUUACACCUCAUUAUUCUGUUCUUCCUUUGCCUUGAUAGGAUGAGACUAAAACACAAUGUAUGGUCUUCAUGCCACUUAUUACCCUGUUUAAGUUUCAAGCAUUUCUUUUUGCCUUCUCUAAUUGUAACUCUAGUUUUUACUUUACUCAUCCCUAUUGGAUGGCAAAACUUUAGAGGAGAUCUAGCUCAUAUAAGCAGUGCAAAACAAAUCUGGAAAUUCUAGUCCAUGAAUUUGUGCUGUUCUCUUUGGAGUACUAAAUUGGUUCUACAUAGAGUCAGAUAAUUUCUUUAAA